AUGGCUGGACCCGAUAGGAAGCUGUCACGGAGUCUGCAGUCCUCGGCAGGUUCCGUCGACCGGCACAUGAUCCGUCGCGGUGCCGCCAUCCGGGCGCUGAUCGAUCUGAGCGAGCACAACUCGUUGGCAGCUUCCAACAAGCGUUUCGUUCUGAGCCGUUUGCGGGCAAAUGCUGCGGAGAAGAGUGGACAAGCUAGUGUGUCGGAUGACCCAGGCCCUCUGCGCUUUACGCAGAGCCAGUUGCGCCUCCUUCGCCAGGAACAGCUCAUGUUGAUGGCUGAGAACGAGCGUCUGGUGCACGAGUUGCAGGAGAUUCGUCGUUGUCGGACCCCAGGCCAAUUUCGUCCCGGCCAGGCUCGCGCCGUGCCGGAGUUCCGGGAAUCAAAAUUGUCUAAAGCUAUCGACUUGACUCUCUCUGGCGGCCGUGACACACGUUUACAGGCUGCUCGUAUAGGAUUUCUUUGUGCUGUGAUCGGUCGCAUUCGCAUAAGGCUGCUGAGUAGCGCCUUCCGCGUGCUGUCUAGGCAACCGCUAAGGUCGCUGCUGUACUCUUCGUCGCGUGUGCAAAACUCUGGACAACCGAGUAUACGCCAGGUCACCGUGUCGUGCAUGGUGCUAGAGACCGUUAUACGGUCGAAGGUACAGCGGAUCAAGCGCCUGGUGUUGCGUUUGCUACGUCACCCCGGAGCCAGCUCAUCAUCGCGGCUGCCGUCGGGGUAUGGAGAUUACUCAAGAGUUCCCGUUGGCCUCAGCCAGGGAGAAUCUAGACCAGCGGGUGCGUUUUGUUCGUGCGAUAUUUUGACAUCUGAUUCAGUUGACAUGACCAGUUUAUACCUGCCAGGACCCCAUAGCAGCUACCAGCGCCAACUCCCCAGCGUGCGCCGCUACUUGUGCUGA